AUGUCUAAUGAAGAUAAAGUCACGGUUGCAUCUAAUGUCUUGGGGACUAUUGGCACUGUAUGCUGGUGCAUACAGCUGGUUCCCCAGAUAUGGCACAAUUGGAGAAGGAAGAAGACAGAAGGGUUGCCGUUGGCAUUGGGGUUUCUCUGGGCAGUGCAGCCACAAAUAUUUGGGUUCUUUUCGACAAUUGUUUGGGCCCAGAUCUUACACUAUGGACAUGGUUACGGUCGAGUCAGUUCAACUCUAUGCUGUUGUGGCCUUCUUGUCUUGCUUGGGGGCAUCGAAGCAAUGCUGAUCCUUACACUGAGGAUCCCCUACAGUAAAGGAGUCACUUGGCCGGAUCUUUUGGUUGGCAUUGUCGCAACUAUACUGCUCGGUGGUAGUUGGUUACCGGUCUACCCUGAGUUGUGGAAGAGAAAAGGCAGGGUCGUUGGAUUCAACUGGGUUUUUCUGAGUAUCGAUACACUGGGAGGACUAUUUUCCUUAUUCGCGUUAGCCGCACAAGGAUCAUUUGAUAUUCUCGGUGGCGUUAUGUACAUCUUUGUAGUGCUUGUUGAGCUCGGCAUCUAUGUCAGCCACAUAAUUUGGCGGAUUCGGUUCAGAGAGCUUCGGAAGCAGGCCAGGCUCUUGGGGAAGAGUAUUGACGAGCUUCUUGAAGCAAAUCAUACAGAGACGUGUCUGGUAUAG